AUUUCUUCAUUCUUCCAGACACCGGAAAUAGAAGGCCGUUUUUGUGUUCGCUAAUGCUUUGUUCUGCGCCGCGCCCUCCUUUGUCUACAUCUAAAGCCAACCAAGUCCCUCCUCUCCGUUCCUUUCAGUCUCUCAUCGCUUUCCUUCUUCCUGAAAAGGAUCUCGCGAUCUCAUCGUCGGAGUUUGCCUCGGCCGAGCCGAUCGAUCCCUUCGAUCCACGUAGCCGUUGCGUGGGUAUUCUCUUUUCCUGGAGAUCCGGUCGUGUUGUUGUACUCGGGGUUGGAGAACGAGUUAAGAUCUGUGUUAAUCGCGGGGUUUUUGGCUUCAGCUUGAGGAACCUUGGGUUGUCGGUGGGCUAGGGCCAACUCUGCUUGCCGUACUCGCUCCCUUUGAUAUUUGAUUGAUCGUUCCGAUUAUGACGCCGUAGAGUGUGGGAUUUGUCGGAAUAGUAUCGAGGUUAGGCGUCUGGGAAGGAGUGGGAAUAUGUCGAAGGUGGUUUAUGAGGGAUGGAUGGUCCGUUUCGGGAGGAGGAAGAUCGGGCGCUCGUUCAUCCAUAUGCGGUACUUCGUUCUCGAGACCAGAAUGCUCGCGUACUACAAGAGGAAACCUCAGGAUAUCAUGCUUCCGAUCAAGACACUUCUCAUAGAUGGAAACUGCAGAGUGGAGGAUAGGGGGCUUAAAAUGCACCACGGACAUAUGGUGUAUGUUUUAUGUGUUUACAACAAGAAAGAGAAGUAUCAUCAGAUUAUGAUGGCAGCAUUUAACAUUCAGGAGGCUCUGAUCUGGAAGGAGAAAAUUGAACUUGUUAUUGAUCAGCAAGAUUUCAUAACAGCUAAUGGAAACAAGGUAUAUGCUUCAAUUCCAUAUGGACCUAUGGCGGAUGAUGGAAGAAAUGCUUCCUCCUCUGAUCGGGAAAGUCAGUGUAGUCCUGAAGAAGAAGAAGAAGAGAGCCGUCCUACUUUAUCACGGAGAAUAACCAUAGGAAAUGGUUUUCCUGAUUCUGUACCUGAUUGGACCUGUGAUGUUGAUUCAGGCUUGUUAAGUGAGAACAACUCUGAUAAAGUCUUUUCUAGGAAACAUUGGCGUCUUGUAAGAUGCCAAAAUGGGCUUCGAAUCUUUGAGGAGCUUGUAGAAGUAGAUUAUCUUCCAAGGAGUUGUAGUAAAGCAAUGAAGGCUGUUGGCAUCAUGGAAGCAACAUGUGAAUCUAUAUUCCAGCUUGUGAUGAGAAUGGAUGGAAUGCGAUUUGAGUGGGAUUGCAGCUUUCAGUAUGGUAGUUUAGUUGAGGAGGUGGAUGGACAUACUGCAAUACUCUACCAUAGGCUGCAGCUGGACUGGUUUCCAGUGUUUGUGUGGCCUCGUGAUCUAUGUUAUGUGCGUUAUUGGAGACGUAAUGAUGAUGGAAGUUAUGGUGAGAAUGUUCUUGCAGUUGUUUUAUUCCGAUCAAGGGAGCAUGUAAAUUGUAGUCCACAGCCAGGAUUCGUUAGAGCCCAUGUUGAGAGUGGGGGUUUCAAAAUUUCCCCCCUAAAAACUCGCAAUGGAAGACUGCGGACACAAGUACAAUAUCUUAUGCAAAUUGAUCUGAAAGGAUGGGGCGUUGGUUAUUUCCCAUCAUUUCAGCAACAUUGUUUGAUUCAGAUGUUGAACAGUGUUGCUGGGCUCCGUGAAUGGUUCUCCCAAACAGAUGAAAAUUAUGAUGUCUCAAAGAUGCCAUUGAUGGUCAAUAUGACUGCAGAAACAGCUCCUAUUAAGAAGGAUAGGAAAAGGAAAACACAGGAAAAUUCUGUUCAGCCGAAUUCUUCACAGUAUCAAAUGCAUGGUGCUAGCAGACAUCAUGUAAUGUUGGAUGAAGACUCUGAUGAUGAUGAAGAUUAUAAAAUUCCAGAACCUGAACAAGAGGUUUAUCCAAUCAAACUUGAAAAUGAGAUUAAUAAGGCUGUUUUGGGUGAGGAACCUUCAGCUUCAAUUGAUUUAUCAGGAUUUUCUGGCAACUUACGGCGUGAUGACCUUGACAAAAGCCGUAAUUGUUGGAGAAUAUCUGAUGGGAACAAUUUCAGAGUUCGAAGUAAACAAUUCAUAUAUGACAAGACCAAGAUUCCUGCAGGAAAGCAUCUAAUGGAGCUUGUAGCUGUUGAUUGGUUCAAGGAUGUCAAGCGAAUCGACCAUGUUGCUAGGCGAAAAGGUUGUGCAGUCCAAGUUGCCUCCGAGAAGGGACUAUUCUCAUUGGUGAUAAAUGUGCAAGUUCCAGCUUCGACUCAUUAUAGUAUGGUCUUCUACUUUGUGUCAAAACCACUGGUUCCUGGAUCACUACUGCAGCUUUUUGUUGAUGGUGAUGAUGAGUACCGAAAUAGUAGGUUCAAGCUUAUUCCAGCCGUUCCCAAGGGCUCCUGGAUUGUGCGCCAGAGUGUUGGAAGCACUCCCUGUUUAUUAGGUAAAGCAGUUGACUGUACGUACAUUCGUGGACCAGAUUACCUGGAAAUUGAUGUCGAUAUUGGUUCUUCUACGGUGGCUAAUGGCGUUUUGGGGCUUGUUUUUGGUGUGAUUACAACAUUAGUAGUUGACAUGGCUUUUCUUGUGCAGGCAAACACUUAUGAGGAGCUUCCGGAACGGCUUAUCGGUGCUGUCCGUGUAUCCCAUGUGGAGCUGUCAUCUGCUCUAGUACCAGUUCUCGAAGCGAGUGAUCCCAAUGUAUAAGCUGUUGGCUGACAGUAUUGGAUUCAUUGUUCCCACGCGUAGCGGUGUUUCUUCACCACCUUAUACAAGUGAAUCAUUCUGGUUUUACUUCCAACUCUCCGAUCUUGCAAGUCUUUGCCCUUUUGUAUUAUCGGAUGACGAAAGGGACUCCGUUAUUUUGUCACCGACUUACUGCGUUGGAGGGCUACGGAUAAUAAACCAUUGAUGGUUUGCAUAUGGAAGUGUAGAUUGACUACCUAUUAAGAGUUCAUAUCACCCCAGCGAUCAGGUCGACGGUACUUCGAAGGUUCCAAGUCAAGUCAUCAGGUCGAUGUUGCGCUACGGCCGUCGCCUACCAAUCCAUAUUAGAUGAGCAUCCAACUAUAUUAAUCAUGGAAGAAUCAGAAUCAUCAUCAUCAUCUUCAUCUUCAUCUCCGAUGUCUGGGCAGACGCAGAUUCCCAUCAACGUUGAGAUAGGUCAGAUGGGCAACGCCGCGCCACACCAGCAAAAGAACCAAGAAGAGAGCGCCACAGCCGCGGCCGCAGCCGCAGCCGCAGCCGCAGCAGGACCAUGGCUGGGAUCACAACGACAGCAACACUGUUGGUGGUGGCGACGCUCAUAACCGAGCUCACCUAUCAGUUGGGAACCAAUCUCCCAGGCGGGUACUACCAAGAUGACAGCAACGGGCACGUGGCCGGCGACUCCAUCCUGCGCGACAAGCACCGCAACAGGUACUGGGUUUUCAUGACGGCAAGCUGGAUGGGGUUCGGCAACUCCAUGCUCAUGACGCUCGCCCUGCUCACCGGGGUGGCCGUCUCCUCCCGCCUCGUUCGCUGGCCCUUCGCCGUGGCCUACUCCAGCCUUGUGCUCGCCUUCAUCUCGUCGCAAGCCAAUACCUGGUUGGUCAUGGACCUCCUGAUCUGGCUCUUCGUCCUCGUCCGAUUACUUCAGUGUGUUGCUAUUGUAAUUGCUCUGAAUCGAUUAACCCAUCCGCCAUAUUAUCUGUUGCGGGAAACAACUUUAAGCCAUGGUCUCGGGGCCAACGCGGCUUGGUUCGGACCCGGUCGACGAGGGGAUCUUUCUGAGUCGGGCUUCGACGAACGUCUAGGUCGGGAGCGUGCGGGGUCGUCGGCUCCUCCGGGAGGUGUUCCCUCGUUCGGUGGCCUAGCGGGAGCUCGUCGUCGUCUUCGUACCUGCACAAAAGUCGGGUCGGAAGCUCGGCCCGACCCCUCCGACGAUCCAGUCAGUGGAGGUGGAGGGGGUUUUGAGUGGAGAAGUAGAAGUUGCUCUCUCCUUUCGUUUAGAACUCUGGGGUAUUUGUAGAUGAAUUUGAUGUUACCUGAUGUGGCUGUUUGCAGGGGCAGGACAGUACCUCUCGUGGCGUCUGACAUUGCCACUGGGGUUGCGUGGAGAACCGUACUACCGCAGGGUAUGGGCACGCCUCGAUCGACGUGCUCCUUUGCCUCGAUCGAGCACACGGAGUCAAAUGCUGAAGUUGUUGGCUGAGAGCUGGUGAUGUUGGCGCACAUCAAGUCGGCAUUAGUGCUUGCUUCCUCGGGCGGUGCGUCCACCUGGCGUGACUGACAUCGUGACGCGUCACGUUACCAUUUUCGCCCCUAUCAUUAUCGUCUGUUGUUUUCUCCGUAAUAUGGAUGGCACUCUUAUGUAUUGGUUGCGUCCCUCCCUGACAACGUCAAUACAUGUACCAAAAUAUAGCCUAAUGUUGUUCGGCCUCACCAAUUUCUACACUACAAAAUCCAGAUGAACCAUCCGUUUUGCACUGAA